CACAAGCCCAUCAGUGAAGUGUAACUGGAGACAGAGCGUGUGUCUUCUGGAGAUCCGCGGAGGACGUCAGUGUUGCUGAACAGACGGAAUGUGCCAUGGAACCGGCAGACGUUUGCAAACGAUCAUCUUCAUAAAAGCAAAGGUUUAUUUAUGAUCAUCAGCAUAGAGAGGCUCUGCAUCUCAAAGCCCAGAACCCGGCGUCUGAGCGGAGCGGAGAGACUAAGCGCAGAAGCUCGCGUCCUUCCUUCGUCCUGUUGAAGCCACAGCUGCUUCCUAGUGUUGUAUUUAUUUAUUUUUCAUUUUGUAGGAAUUUUUUUUCCCAGGAAUUCAUUGCUUUAUUCGAACAGCAUGAUGUGGAUUUAUUCAAGCUGAGGAACCCUGAGAUCCACGCUAUCCGAGCAGGACUGGCCCGCAGCUCGUUGCUUUCUCUCAGGUGAGUGGGACUCAGUCUGGACCUCUGGAUUGAGUGACAUGUGGCUGUGAAUACUAAAGCUUUCCGUCAGCGCAUUUGAACAUUUCCGCGGCAAAACCCCAGCCUGCGUUCACUCCAACUGACAGCCAGCUCGUAUUCAGCCUGCUUCAACUCAGAAACAUGUGAAGACGGUGAAAUAAAAGAACCAUACCUUUUAAUCCUUCGGACUCUGACACAAAGGUUCUGACACUCUGCUCGAUUUCUAGUUUUGUUUCCUCCUUGCUGGGAUCAUGGAGGGCCAGCAAGAUUCACAAAGGACUUUACAAGUAAAUUAUUCUAGCUCUUUAACUCUGCCCUUCUGUGUCUGGCUGUUGGUGCUAACCAUUGCUACAACAUGCAGUGGACAGACGUUUACAACAUUUCACCCUGAGAAGCGGGAAUGGUCUUUCAAUCAUCUGACGGUUCAUCAGACAACAGGGGCACUUUAUAUUGGUGCUGUUAAUCGUGUCUACAAGCUCUCUGUCAACCUUACUCUCCUGGUCUCCCAUGACACUGGCCCAGAGGAUGACAACAAGGCUUGCUACCCGCCUCUCAUAGUCCAGCCGUGUUCUGAACCGCUGGUCGCUACCAACAAUGUCAACAAGCUUCUCCUUAUUGAUUACUCUCAGAACAGGCUGUUGGCGUGCGGGAGCCUCUAUCAGGGUGUAUGCAAGCUACUUCGGCUGGACGACCUCUUCAUACUGGUAGAACCGUCACACAAGAAAGAGCAUUAUCUCUCUAGUGUCAAUCAAACAGGCACUAUGUAUGGAGUUAUUGUGCCUUCCCAGGGCAACGAUGGUACACUUUUUAUUGGCACUGCAGUCGAUGGGAAGCAAGAUUACUUUCCAACCAUUUCAAGCCGCAAACUUCCUCGUGACCCUGAGUCCUCAGCCAUGCUCGACUAUGAGCUGCACACUGAUUUUGUCUCCUCACUUAUCAAGAUUCCUUCGGACACCCUAGCACUGGUCUCGCACUUUGAUAUAUAUUACAUAUAUGGCUUUGCUAGUGGCAACUUUGUGUAUUUUUUGACUGUUCAGCCAGAAACGCCAGAAAACGGCAUGGCCUCAAGUGGUUCCUCAAACGAUCUCUUCUAUAUAUCACGCAUUGUCCGUCUCUGCAAAGAUGACCACAAGUUUCAUUCCUAUGUGUCACUACCCAUUGGCUGUGUGCGAGGUGGUGUAGAGUAUCGAUUGCUGCAGGCAGCCUAUCUGGCCAAACCAGGAAGAGUUCUUGCAGCGUCACUCAACAUCAGUACCACAGAUGAUGUGCUCUUUACGAUCUUUUCUAAAGGCCAGAAGCAGUACCAUCGCCCCCCUGAUGAUUCAGCCCUCUGUGUGUUCACCAUUAAGGACAUCAAUGCACGCAUCAAGGAACGCUUGCAGUCCUGCUACCAAGGAGAAGGCAACCUGGAGUUGAGCUGGCUGCUGGGAAAAGAUGUACAUUGUACCAAGGCGCCGGUGCCCAUUGAUGACUCCUUCUGUGGUCUGGACAUUAACCAACCCCUGGGUGGCUCUCAGCUGGUCACUGGACACACACUCUACACAGAAAGCCGAGACCGCAUGACCUCAGUGACCUCUUAUGUGUACAAUGGCUACUGCGUGGCAUUUGUUGGCACUAAGAGUGGACGUCUGAAAAAGAUCCGUGUGGACGGGCCUCCUCAUGGCGGCAUGCAGUACGAGACGGUGUCCGUCAUUAAGGACAGGAGCCCUAUUCUUAGAGACAUGGCAUUCUCGCUGGACCAUAACUAUAUCUAUGUCAUGUCUGAAAGACAGGUGACGCAGGUACCCGUCGAGUCAUGCGAGCAGUAUGGAACGUGUCACGAGUGUCUGAGCUCUGGAGACCCGCACUGCGGCUGGUGUGUGCUGCACAACAUGUGUUCUCAGAGGGAUCGGUGCGAACGAGCCAAUGAGCCCUACCGUUUCGCCGCCACGCUCAACCAGUGCAUAAAGGCCACCGUGUAUCCUGACAGCAUUGCAGUUUCGGAACCCAGCGUACCGCUGCUGGUGAAGGUGACUGAUGUUCCCGAUCUCUCGGCUGGAAUCACCUGCGCCUUUGGGAACCUGACUGAAGUAGAGGCGACGGUGACUGGUAAUCAGAUCCUGUGCAUCUCUCCAGCUGCUAAAGAUGUCCCAGUAAUUCCUACAGAUCAAGACUGGUCGGGUGUGGAGCUCAGGCUCAACUCGAAGGAGACAGGUCAAAUGCUAAUCAGCACUGAGGUUAAAUUCUACAACUGCAGUGUACACCAGCUGUGUCUGUCUUGUGUAACCAGUUCAUUCCGGUGCCACUGGUGCAAAUACCGAAACCUGUGCACACAUGAUCCGUCUAGUUGCUCUUUCCAGGAGGGACGAGUCAAUGCCUCAGAGGACUGUCCUCAGCUGGUGCGCUCAGAGGAGAUUCUGAUCCCCGCCGGAGAAGUGAAGCCUAUCACACUGAAAGCCCGGAACCUUCCACAGCCUCAGUCGGGUCAGCGUGGUUAUGAGUGUGUGCUGCACAUCCAGGGGGUUAGCCACCGAGUCACGGCGCUGCGCUUCAACAGCUCCAGUGUACAGUGCCAGAACAGCUCGUAUCUGUAUGAGGGGAUGAGGAUUAGUGAGCUGCCGGUGGAUUUCUCUGUGGUGUGGAACGGCAACUUCAUCAUUGAUAAUCCUGAGAACAUACGAGUGCAUCUGUACAAGUGUGGCGCUCAGAGAGACAGCUGUGGCAUGUGCCUGAAGGCGGAGAGGAAGUUCCAGUGUGGCUGGUGCAGCAUGGAGGGCCGCUGCAGCCUACAGCACCACUGUCCCAUGAUCAACCCCUACACCAACCGCUGGCUAAAUCUAGCCACCACUAACGUCAAGUGCACUAACCCCCGCAUCACUGAGGUGACCCCAGUGGCUGGGCCUCCAGAAGGGGGCACCAGGGUGACCAUCCGUGGCGUGAACCUGGGUCUGUCUUUCUCUGAAAUGGAAGAUAACGUGCAGGUGGCAGGAGUGCGGUGUACCCCAAAAGAGGACGGCUACAUCAUUGCAGAGCAGAUAGUGUGUGAGAUGGAUGCAACUUCAGAAGACACCGACGCCGGUCCUGUGCAGCUUUGUGUGGGAGAGUGUAAACCUGAGCUGCAGGCUCGCUCCUCCCAGCUUUACUCCUUUGUGACACCAUCUGUAACUGGGCUGUCGCCGAGUCGAGGUCCAGAGUCAGGGGGCACAAAGGUGACCGUCAUUGGAGUGAAUCUGGGUGCAGGGAGCAGCGUCAGCGUUCUGUUCGGAAACCAGACCUGCGAGUUCUAUGAGCGGACUAUGACGGAGAUCGUGUGCUACUCCGCUCCCUCUUUGACGGGGGUGGGUCCAGUGCAGAUUACUGUGAGUGUGGACCAUGCCCAGGUGAAGGAGAAGCUCACCUUUGAGUACAUUGAUGAUCCCACUGUACAGCGCAUUGAGCCUGAAUGGAGCAUUGCCAGUGGGCACACUCCCCUUGUAGUGACCGGAACCAACUUGGAUGUGGUCCAGGAACCUAGAAUACGGGUCAAGUAUGGCGGACAUGAAUCAGUAAACGUGUGUAAGGUUCAGAAUAGCACCACUAUGAGCUGUUUUGCACCAUCCCUGGCAGUCGAGUACACUCCCGGCCUGGACUCAGUAAAGCAUGCGGACGAGUUUGGCUUUAUCUUCAAUAACGUGCAGGCCCUUCUGGUUUACAACAACACAAACUUCCUGUACUACCCGAACCCUUACUUUGAGCCUCUAAGCACCAAUGGAGUCCUGGAGCAGAAGCCAGGCUCUCCUAUUAUUCUGAAGGGGAAGAACUUGGUUCCUCCAGGCACAGGGGGAGUGAAGCUGAACUACACUGUGCUCCUGGGAGAAACGCCCUGCUCCGUCACAGUCUCUGACACACAGCUGCUGUGUGAGCCGCCCAACCUCACCGGACAGUACAAAGUCAUGGUGCAGGUAGGCGGUCUUCAUGUCUCUCCCGGCUCUGUGAACAUCCUCUCGGACAGCCUCUUGACUCUACCCGCCAUCGUAAGUAUAGCAGCCGGAGGAGGCCUCCUGCUGAUCAUCGUCAUCCUCGUCCUCAUCGCCUAUAAGCGCAAGUCACGCGAGAACGACCUCACGCUCAAGAGGCUGCAGAUGCAGAUGGACAACCUGGAGUCCAGGGUGGCGCUUGAGUGCAAAGAGGCUUUCGCAGAGUUGCAGACAGAUAUUAACGAAUUGACCAGCGAUCUCGACAGAGCUGGAAUCCCUCACCUGGACUACCGCACCUACGCCAUGAGAGUGCUGUUCCCUGGCAUCGAGGACCACCCGGUUCUUCGAGAACUCGAGGUCUCAGGUAAUGGACAGCAGAUGGUGGAAAAGGCUCUGAAGCUGUUUGCUCAGCUGAUCAACAACAAAGUGUUUCUGUUGACGUUCAUUCGGACACUCGAGCUGCAGCGCUCAUUCUCGAUGCGCGACCGAGGCAACGUGGCUUCGCUCAUCAUGACGGCGCUACAGGGGAGACUGGAGUACGCAACAGAUGUCCUCAAACACCUUCUGUCUGACCUCAUUGACAAGAACCUGGAGAGUAAGAACCACCCCAAGCUGCUGCUGCGCAGGACCGAGUCUGUGGCUGAGAAGAUGCUCACUAACUGGUUCGCUUUCCUCCUUCACAAGUUCCUCAAGGAGUGUGCUGGAGAGCCUUUGUUUAUGCUCUAUUGUGCUAUAAAGCAACAGAUGGAGAAAGGACCUAUAGAUGCCAUCACAGGGGAAGCUCGCUACUCGCUCAGUGAAGACAAGCUCAUCCGACAGCAAAUAGAAUACAAAACACUGAUUUUGAACUGUGUGAAUCCAGAUAACGAGAACAGUCCGGAGAUCGCGGUGAAGGUGCUGAACUGCGACACCAUCACGCAGGUGAAGGAAAAGAUCCUCGAUGCCAUCUACAAGAAUAUGCCCUACUCUCAGAGACCUAGAGCGGUAGACAUGGACCUUGAGUGGCGUCAGGGCCGGAUGGCACGAGUCGUCCUGCAGGAUGAAGACAUCACCACCAAGAUUGAGAACGACUGGAAGAGGCUGAACACUCUCAUGCACUAUCAGGUCUCAGACCGCUCUGUAGUGGCCCUGGUUCCCAAGCAGACCUCAUCCUACAACAUUCCACCCACAGCCAGCAUUUCUCGCACAUCCAUCAGCAGAUACGACUCGUCAUUUCGCUACACCGGAAGUCCAGACAGCCUUCGCUCCCGGGCUCCUAUGAUCACUCCAGACCUGGAGAGCGGAGUAAAAGUGUGGCACUUGGUCAAGAACCAUGAACACGGAGACCAGAAGGAGGGCGACCGUGGCAGCAAGAUGGUGUCUGAGAUCUACCUCACCCGCCUGCUAGCUACGAAGGGUACACUGCAGAAGUUUGUGGACGAUCUGUUUGAGACUCUGUUCAGCACAGUCCACAGAGGCAGCGCCUUGCCUUUAGCUAUCAAAUACAUGUUCGACUUCCUGGACGAGCAGGCUGACAAGCAUGGCAUCCAUGACAUGGAUGUUCGCCACACUUGGAAAAGUAACUGCCUUCCGCUACGAUUCUGGGUGAACGUGAUCAAGAACCCUCAGUUUGUAUUUGACAUUCACAAGAGCAGCAUCACAGAUGCAUGUUUAUCCGUGGUGGCACAGACUUUCAUGGAUUCGUGUUCCACUUCAGAACACAGGCUGGGAAAAGACUCUCCCUCCAACAAGCUGCUCUAUGCUAAAGACAUCCCCAACUACAAGAACUGGGUAGAAAGAUACUACGCUGAUAUAAGCCGACUCCCAGCGAUCAGCGACCAGGACAUGAACGCAUACUUGGCUGAGCAGGCGCGGCUCCACUCCCACGAGUUUAACAUGCUGAGUGCUCUAAAUGAGAUCUACUCUUACGUCAGCAAGUAUAGCGAAGAGAUCACUGCGGCGCUGGAGCAGGACGAGCAGGCUAGGAAGCAGAGGCUGGCCUACAAGGUGGACCAACUGAUUGCUGCUAUGUCCCUGGAGAGCUGAGACACACACACACACGGAUAGAGCAACAGAAGACGGAUUCUCUGUGCCAUGAAUCCUUUUACCCAAAACCUGGUCCUGCGAUUCGAGUGGAAACUGGAUACAGCUGACUUAGGAUUUUCUGACAACUUUUUAAAUGUUUUUUUUCUUUUGAAAAGGGUCAAAAACGGUUACCUCCGCAAAUCAAUCUGCACGUCCAUCUACUUUUGCCUUCCAAUCUGUAAAAGGAGUCAACUCAAGAUCUCAAACUGCUUGAAACUAUAUGCUGGCUCCAGCAGCGUUUAGCAGCAUCAUGCAUGUUUUUUUUUUUUUUUUAUUCGUUUAGUCUUUCGUUGGUUUUAUACCCACGAUUGGCAGAUGUGAUGGGACUACAGCUACAAUACCUCUUUGUAAUUUUUUUUUUUCUUGUGGCAUGAUAGAAGAACAGAAGAGAGCGCAUUGGAUAUAUUAUGCCUCGAUAUCCAAUGGAUGGGUUUUACUUCAAAAUUUUAUUUUUAUACGAUUAUUGUUUCUAUUUAAUUUAUCCUGUGUAGACGAUCCUGUGCUGCCAAAUUGUUAAAGGCACAGCGACAUCAGUAGUCAUCAAAAUAAUGUGAUCACAACGUUUGUAUAUCCGAGAACGUGGACUCCACUAGGAUUCUUGAGCUGCGUUUUUCCAAAAUCUCAUCAAACUGUUGAUGUUCAAAGGGUCAAAGUUUGACCAGCAUGUCUGUUCAUCCAUUCAGCUCUGGUGUUUUUUUUUCAAGACUGCACUUCCCCCGUGGAGAAAAAAAAAAAAAAAAAACGCUACGAGACUGGCUUAACACUUAUUAGAGUUCCCUGCAAUCUCUGUCUGUACGUCCUGUUUUCUACACGUGAGCCUUUGUGAAUGUACAAACGUUCCUCUGUCUCAUCCAUUUGUUUGUACUUUAGAAAGGAAAAAAAACAAGAGGAGGUCAGUUGAACUGAUUUCUAUGGCAUAACGGCCAAAAGGGCAUCUGAUGCGCUGUGUCAACUUCUUCAUUCCUAAUCGCAUUUUCAAAAUAUGUUAUAACACAGAUUUCAACUCGGACAAAUUCCUGACAUGAUUUUUAACAAGACAGCAGCAUCGAGAGCCCUUUACAUCAGCUAAUAAGUGGAGGAACAUUCCUUAGAAGGAGAGCACUGACUCGAGGUCAGUUAACCUCAGUACCAGGCAGUAUUACUUAUUACCUAUGGUCCAAUGUGUGUGUAUUUUGCAUGCAUUAUAGAGUACCUCAUGAAGGAAGAAUAAUGUCUUUGUUUCCAUAUGUUCAUAUUUUCAAGUGCCAAGGGUUUUACUUGAGUGGUGCAUGUGGCUGGCUCAGAUGCAAACUGAGGAUUGAGCGUCCCAUCCUGCUAAGCUUACAUUCACAAAGCAUUAAACUAACUGGGACGUUGUGUCAUGAUAAAGUGCCAAAAGGUCAGUGAUCAAUGUCAGAAACGGUUAAUGCUUUAUUAAGGUAGGAAACCCUUGAAAACUUGAACAGUGACAGCAGAGUGGCACUCGAGAAGAACUGAAAAAGAAAAAAAUCUCCUCUGGCCACUGAAGCCAAGAACCGGUACGAAAAGAUAGUGAGCUCCUCAUGCUGUUUGAAAAGAAUUGGGAUUGCGUGUGUGUGUGUGAGAGUGUGUGUGUGUAUUUCUUUUCUUCCCUUCUGCAUCAUGACAAAAUGUCAACCGCAUGCAUGAACAAACUAUGACAUAGCUUUAAUUUAUAAUGCAUGAUUCUAGGUAGAGCUGUUUUUUUUAAAGCUCGGAACGAUGGACAACUUCAUAAGUGGUGACAGGAUGUGUGUGUGUGUGUGUGUACAGUACGUGUGUGUGGUGCUGGUGGGGGAGGGGGGGUGGCCUUUAAGAUAACUUAUUUGCAUACCACACCAAAACCUAUGCCCGGAAUUGUCAUCAUUUUUCAUUUUUUACGAGUCUUUCAGCCGUGUAAAAAAUGUUAUGAAGUUAUUUAUUAAGGUCAAUCCGAUCCCUGGUUCUGCUUUAAAACCGAAUCUGUGCGCUCUGUGUUGACUUUUAAAGCCUCAUAAGCAGAUUUAAAGCC